UUUUUGUCAAUAUUAAAUUUCAACGCAAUCGCAAGAAAAAUCAAGUAUUUAAAUAAAUGUAGCUAAUUUUUUAGCAUGGAAAAGGACUGCGAACUUAGACUCGGACCGCCCGAGCGGUCACCCAAGUUAGAUGUUAUAGUCGUAGGAGCUGGCUUAUCUGGUUUAGUUUCGGCUUACAGGCUAUUAGAAAAAGAGCCCUCAUUGCGGAUAAGAGUAUUGGAGGCGAGUAAUAGUGUUGGUGGAAGUUUGCAACAAAACACACAAGGUGAAAUCGGUGCCAAAUGGUUCGAGAAGUCCCAAACACAUAUUUACCAGUUGUUACAGCAUUUAGGUGUACCGAUGCAGCAACGUUCUUUGGUAGGAUCAACAUUACGGCGUUGUUGGGAGCUGGACCAGAGUGUUUCCUCAAAUUUGGCUAAAUAUGAACUGCAACGCUAUAUAAAUGAAUUGGAGUUGAAGACGGCUUUCUUCAAACCGGGCCGAUUUAGCAUAAGAAAGAACUCAACUAAGAUGGUGAACCAUAUAAAUAACAGACUAUUUUUCAAAGAGUCGCGCAAAUUUAUGACAAGUCUAAUAGAGCUGAUCUGCGGUGGGAAAGCUUCCGAUAUUACUUAUAAGGAAUUUAUGAGCCUUUGCUAUGGCUGCGGUGGAUUACAAAACAUUAUUAAUAUUUAUUUGGAUUGCCCGAAUACACUGCUGGAGUUCGAUAGCGCUCGCCUUCUGAAUGCACUCACACAAGGACUGCAACGUGCCGAUAUUCUCCUCUCACGGCAGGCGAAAGCGAUUUACCAUUACAAGGACUACAUUGAAGUGCAUGACUCUGUGCAGAAUAUUCACACGACAGAUGCACUCAUUUUGGCGAUUCCACUAAACGCCUUACAACAAAUCAACAUCUCGCCAACAGUGCCACUAGAAUGGCGUAAAAUGUUAAACAAUGCAAGACCUGGAGUGCGUAAGAUGAUGACAAGCUUUAUAGCUUCUUACAGGGAUGGUCAUUGGCGAAAUGGCGGCUACUCAGGGAGUUUCCUUAAAUAUGAUCCACUUAUAGUGGGAUGCGAAUACCGACCAACGGUCUACACAGGUUUGAUGCUUCAUAAUGACGGUAUGGAAUCGUUGGUACGUUCGAUGACGUUAAACGCUUUAGCACAACACUUUGGGGAGGAAAUGAAGGUGCCACAUACUUAUAGCCAAUAUACAUUCGAGCUGAGCAGCUUGCAACAUUUACCCCUCACAACUCCUUGGAAUCGCAUCAUAUGGUCAUCAUCGGCUGCUGCUUCCACCUGCUACCGCGGUUUCUUGGGUGGUGCCGUGCAAAGUGGUUUAAGAGCUUCGUUGAAUGCGCUGCUGGUAGUGAGGCCACAAGUUGUGACCUGGACUGACGUUGCUGAUAUACAUUGCCAAAAUUGCCCAAACAUUCGGGAUAUAGGAGCGUUAAAGCUGUGGCUUAGUGCUCUUAACCUUUAUAACGUAGGAUAUUAUGCUCUGUAUGCUUCAAGUGUAUUUUUGGCUUUGCAAUUUGCCUACAAAAAAUUUGGUUGAUGAUUGACCCUGGUAAAUUUACGGUACUUAUGUAUGUAUACGUGUAUAUAUGAAAAUAUUUAAAUAAAAUCCUAAUAUGCCGGUGAAUGA